AUGAAGUCUUUUAGCUUUUUCAAAGUUCUAGAUGCUGAGACCAUUGCAAACAGCACUUCUGUGACAUUUUCUGAUGCUUGCCUAACUGCUUUGCAGGGCACUGUCAACUGCAACAGCAGCUUGGUGAAUAUUGCCGCCGCAGAUGAUGUUUAUGACAUUAACAAUAAUACAUACGCCUACCUUUGCACCGAUAGCUGUGGUUCAUCUCUGGAAUUAUAUCACAAUACCGUCUCAUCUGCUUGUGCUGGCCAGGAUGAGGUUUGGAGUGGAUAUCCGGCGACAUAUUUUGGAGAUAUGUACUGGGCAAGCUACAAUCUGUCUUGUUUGGCAGAUCCCACCUCCGGGGCGUCAUGCAUUGAGUUAUACCGGCUUCUCCAAAAGACUCCAUAUUCAUACUACGAUUCCGAGAUGGCAUCCGAUUGGUCUUCUAUACAAAGUCUUUGCAACGUCAGUUAUCCAACAGACGUCCCAAAAAAUCCCACCAAUGUCACUGAUAUUGCCGGAUUUGCGCCUGCAAGCUAUACUUCGCCAACAUGUUUGUCAGAAGCGACGUACACGGUUAUUUCAGGGGAUAAUUGCAUUGCUAUUUCGCAAGCGCAAAAUGUUUCCACUGGGACACUUAUCUCACUCAAUAACUUGCUCCCCGAUUGUUCUAACCUUGACGGUAACCCAACCCAACCACUCAGCGCACGGCCACAUAUGUCGCUCCAAAUAUCUGGAGACACUUGUGAAAGCAUCUGUAAUGAAGCAGGCAUCACCUUCGUCCAAUUAACCUCCUGGAACCCGACCAUCAACAGCUACUGUUCCAACCUGAUAGCUCGGCAAGCCGUUUGUGUCGGGCAGGCAGGAACAACAUGGACUGGGACAACCAUUCCCGGCGCUUCAGCCACUCAAACCGGCCAACCUUAUGGGACCACAACCGACUGCGGCCAUUAUUACGUUGUGCAAAAUGGAGACGACUGCAGCCUCGUCGCGCUCAACAAUACCAUCACAGUCAGUCUGUUUGAGGCGAUCAACCCAUCAAUCAAUGCUGGAUGUACCAACUUGGUUCCUGGGUUGGCUUAUUGUGUGCGUCCAGUGGCAAACUGGAACAGCACCAACGCGACUACAACUACGACGGCUUCCUAUAGUGAGUAUGGAAUUACUUUUACGCAGUUGCAGGCCUGGAACUCGAAUUUAAAUUCGACGCGUGGAAAUCUCAUUCUGGGGGAUGCAUACUGUGUGGAUGGACCAAGAAAUGUCUUAUGUACCAGCGGGAUUGCUUCUGCGACGGCGGUUUCGACGGCGCUGAAUCUUUGA